AUGGAAUUUAAAAUUUUGUGCCUUGCAAUAUUUUUUUCAAUAGGCUUGGCUCAGCUACACGUCGUCGAUAUUCCGAAUCAAGGAAAAAUCCAAGGAGUUGAAUUGUCAAAGGUUAGAAUACAGAAAAUCGUUGCUUUUUACGGGAUACCUUACGCACAACCUCCACUUGGUGCUCUAAGAUUUGCCCCUCCGGUUACCAAUCCAUUGCCAGAUUGGAGUCAUAUUAAAAACGAUUCGGAUUAUCAGCCGUCGUGCUUGCAAGGCAAAGAAGAUUAUAAAGAAUCUGAAUUGCCAUUUUUGCAACUUCUCUCGGACAUCGACUUCCCUAGUAAUAUCAGCGAAGAUUGUUUGUAUUUGAAUAUUUUUGUGCCUAAUGCAUCUCCGCCUCCUCAAGGUUUUGCCACAAUCAUCUGGAUACAUCCAGGAAACUUUACUACCGGAAUACCAUCGAUAUGGAAUCCGCACACGCUGGUAUACCGUCAAAGAGUAAUCGUUGUAACCUUCGCUUGGAGACUAAACAUUAUGGGAUUUUUCACUACAAUGGAUGGGGAAGCGUCUGGUAAUUAUGGACUAAUGGAUCAGCAGGCCGCAAUGCAAUGGGUGAAAAAUAACAUUAAACUUUUCGGUGGAAAUUCGGACAAUAUAAGCCUCAUGGGUUAUGGGACCGGUGCUAUUAGUGUAGGAAUUCAUAUGAUAAACUCAGAGUCAAGAUCCUUAUUUAAUAAAGUCAUAGUAAUGAGCGGAAGCCUAUUUCAACCGUCAGCUGUGAGAUACCCUGAAGAAGACGAGCCUGUUAUAAGUCGAUUAUCAAAAGAAUUUGGUUGCCUUAGAAAACCAACUUCACUUCUCAUCGACUGUCUGAGACGCGCCGAUCCAAAUUCCUUAGUUCAACAGACUUCAAAUAUCAAUUGGAGACCUCUUAUCGAUAAGGAUUUGAGUAAUAAUAGUGCACCAUUUUUGCCAGAGCCUCCAAAAAAGUUUUUCGAGCGUGGUGAAUAUGCUAGAGUCCCCAUUUUAACAGGUUACACUAACAUGGAGCAAGGUCUAGAGUUUGGCGAGUGGGAUAAUAAUACAGUAUAUUCUCACGAAACGUUGCAACAGCUAUUGACUGAACUUGUAAAUGGGGAUCUGCCAAACAUCAACAGUAGUGAUUCUUCUUGUUCGUAUAAUUACGAGCACGUAGUUGAUUCGGUUAUGUUCUUUUAUGCUCCUGCUGUUCCUAAUUAUGACGGUAAUACAUUCAGAUCGAUAGCUGCGCAAUUUUUGGUCGAGAAAACUUAUGCUGCAUCGACACUUCAACUAGCCUCAUAUUUAAGCAAAGAUCAACCUACUUAUGUCUAUAGAUUUGAUAUGAAACCAAGUUCUAAGGUGGCCAAUAAAAAUUUGCCCCCUUGGGUGAAAGUGCCUCAUUUGUUCGAUUUGACAUACGUCUGGGGGCUUCCUUAUUGGAAACCUGACCAACAGGAAUGGGAUCUAAGAGAUAAAAGAAUAGCCGAUGCAGUUAUGUCCUUUUGGACUAAUUUUGCGAAGACAUCUGAUCCUACACAAAAUACAAUUUACCCAAUAAAGUGGGAUCCGUUCAAGAAAGAAAAACCAGGAUUAUUAAUUUUGGCUAAUAGUAUCGCGAUGAGCGACUCUAAUACCGUCAAUUAUAAAGCUUUCGAAUUUUGGAACGAGUAUUAUCCGAGAGUUUUGGAAAUCGCAACUGAGUGUUGUGGAUUGUCAGAUUCAAGGGCUCCUAUAGAAUUAAAUAUACUAUUUUAUAUAUUUUUAGGCUUUCGAAUGAUCUGUUUAUUCUAUUAGCUAAUUACUUGAAUUAGGUCAAUCAGAAUUUCUGCAGAAACUUGUAACACUAAUGAUUUUUUUUUUUUUUUAAUGCAGCAAAUCUUAUCAGAGCGGCCGGCGUAGCUUUAACAUACCAUUUUCAUCAGAUUGUUUCAUUCUUGGCUUAUUUUAUGUCGCUGUCUUCCAGAAUUCCGAGACACUAUCAAACCGCUUGUUUUUUUAUUUAGUUAUUAGCAUCAGAUUAUACAGGGAGUCCUUGAUAAACUGACACAUUUUGCAGGUAAAUAUCUUAAAAACGAGAAAAGAGAACGAGAUGCGGUUCAUUCUGGAAAAAAAGGAGUUUUUUAAAGUUUGUUUUUACAGUAUUGCCAAUGCCGAAUCCUAAAAUUUGCUGAAAUUUGGUAUUGCAGACAUGUGAUUUUUUGAAAUAAAAUUACUGCCUUGUUUUCAAUGAAACACCCUGUAUAUUUUUUCAUCGUCAGAAAGCUUGAUUUUUCUACUUUUCAAAAAUGUAUUUUUUUGAUUAUCUUGAAGUCGUCGUAAAAAUUGCACUUUGUUAAAGAGGGUACCAUCAACAGGGCAAAAAAAAAAAGAAAAAGAAAAAUAUUUCAAGCAAUUUAGAGGAACUUCAAACUUUCAGGAUUAGUUGGAUAUGGGUCUUUUUAUCGAACAAAACAAACCGCGAAUAGAUCGCAGGCUCAGAAACGGAAUUAUGAAUUUUUUCUCACUUAGAUGCAAAAAAAAUCAUAUAAAGGACCCCGCACUAAUCUUAUGGAAAAUGGCUGUCGGUGAAAUUGUCUGAAAUUUGGAUAUGUUGUGCACCUGGACAUUCCAAACAAAAAUUAUCAUUGACACAAAAAAAUCCAAGGAGCCAUUUUUGAGUUAUGGUAAGUGAAAAGAUAUCAAAUGCAAGAGAACUUCAAAUUUUUCUCACUUUAUAAAAAUGUUGACAAGACAUUUACGGCCCUAAAGCUUUUAUGCAUUAUCGGUUAAGUCGCGUCGCCAGGUUGCGCGACCAAUAAAUGGUUAUAGUCUAGGAAAAUUGUCGAUUUUCAAAAAAAAAAUUCCUACCCAAAAGAACUUUUCAGGGAUGAUAGGGGGAGGGUGGGUGAUCAUAAAACUGAAAAUAUUGAAUAUUCACCCCUCUGGCGUUUUGCGCUAUAGGGGUUGAAAGUGCGCCAUUGGCGAUUACUUGGUACCUAUUGAUUUUACAAAAAAAUGUUUCAAAUAAAAGAUGUGCAACAUUAUUUGAUAUACAAUGUUUAUCUAAAGACUUUUUUGAUUAAGGGCCGUCUGUGGUCAUAAGGGCCGUUUGAAAUUUUAUAAUGAAAAUAAAAAAAUUUAACCAACGUGAAAAAAAUUUCUACAACUCAUGCAACAUUUUUGCUUUAUGAAGUUUUUACUCACCCCCUGCCGUUUUUCAAUAGGGGUAGUUUAAAGUUUUUUUAUUUUUUUUACAAAAAAAUUUUAUUAAUAAAAGUUUUAUAAGAUGACAUUUCCUACAAUUUUUCCUAAUCAACUUUUUUU